UUCAUUUGCUCACGGCGUUCGCAGUGGUGCUCAUCUGCCGCCAUUGUAUGUAAAGGUUGUUUUUUCCCGCCUUUAAUCACAAAAUUUUGGUUUUUUCAGUACAACUAUUUUCUUCUAUUCGGCCUUUUUUAUAAUUUAAAUUAUUUACAACAUGUUUUGGGGUUUAAUAAUGGAGCCGAAACGGCGCUACUCACAAUCAGUGAAGCGUGCAUUCCAUAUCUCUAUGGCAGCCUUGGACCUCUUUUCUGCAGACGAUAAUCCUACACAAUUAAUGCUAUUUUUUGAAAACCGCAACUACUUACUAUGUACUCUUCAAAAGGGACAUACGGUGCAGUGCCCCUUGGAUCUAAAUUUUGAGGCAGGUGACGAAGUUGUAUUCGCAACGAACGGAAAUUGUAAUAUUCACCUAAGUGGAUAUUUACAAGAAGAUCAACUCGAUUAUUUAGAUGGUGAUUUGGAAGAGGAAGAGGAGGAGGGUGAAGCCGAUGAGGAAGAAGUCGCACAAAAACAAGUUUCAAAACAGAAGAGAUUAAGCCUUUCACCUAAUGAGAAACCGGCAUCCAAAAAAUCUAAACUUGAAUCAAUACUAAAAGAAGAUUUCGAUACAAAUGAUGAAGAUGACGAUAGCUAUGUAAUGUCAAGUGAUGACGAUGCCGAGGAAGAAGAAGAUGAGGAUGGUGAAGAGGAGGAAGAGGAGGACUCCGACGAUGAUGAUGAAGAAGACGAGGAGGUCGUCCCUCAACCACCCAUUAAAGUAAUGAACGGUGAAAAGCCAAAAUCUCUUAAAAAACAAAAGGAAAAGGCAAAAAAUGAAAAACCAAAAAAUGAGGCACCCGCUGCGAAGCAAAAGGAUCAGAAAAAUGCACCGCAACAAAAGAGGACCGUUGAGGGUGGUGUGGUAAUUCAAGAUAUUAGAGUAGGCGAAGGAGCAAUCGCUAAGUCUGGAAAAGUUGUACAAGUGUAUUACGAAGGAAGAUUAAAAAACAAUAAUAAGUUGUUUGACCAAAGUAACAAAGGAUCUGGAUUCAAGUUUCGGCUGGGAAAACAAGAAGUGAUUAAAGGGUGGGAUGUGGGGGUUGUUGGAAUGAAAGUUGGUGGACGUCGACGUAUAACAUGUCCUGCACCAAUGGCCUAUGGCCAAAAAGGAUCGCCACCUGCCAUUCCGCCAAAUGCCACUUUAAUCUUUGAUGUAGAACUUAAAAAUGUUAUCUAAAAUCUUGCAUUUUUAUGUUUUUUGUUCCUUGUAUUCUAUAUUGUAAGUUUCGAAUAAGUUCACUUUUGUAUAAAUAAAAACAAUUCAUUCCU